UUGCUUGAUGUGUUAAUGCGUGCGAGUCAAAAGGCCCCUUCUGGGUCCCCGGACCCGAGAUUGGGACACCCCACCCGGAAGUGGGUGGCGGAGUCACCGUCACCCAACCGGUCACACCACCGUCGACACACUGCCUGCUGGGAUGAAGCUCGCCGCCGGAGAACCACAGGGACGGUCACACAUCUGAGCUCUCUGCGCGCCCUCGCCCACAGCUCGUCCGGUCCCCGUCGUGCAGAUUCGAGGAUACGGGAGGAGGAGAGGCGCGCUGCCACCAUGAUGGAAGAGAUAGACAGAUUUCAAGUGCCGAGUGCCGUGCAGGAGGCGGAGAUGCAGGCGGAGAUGCAGCCGCUGGACCCGGCGUCGUCCACGGCCUCAGAGGCGGACUCAGACACCAGAGAGGGGGAACCUGUCACCAUCAACUACAAGCCCUCACCCCUGCAGAUGAAAAUAGAGAAACAGCGAGAGCUUGCUAGGAAGGGCUCGUUGAAGAAUGGCAACACCGUCGGUAGUCCGGUGAACCAGCAGCCCAAGAAGAACAACGUCAUGGCCAGAACACGGUUGGUGGUGCCAAAUAAAGGCUAUUCCUCUUUAGACCAGAGCCCAGAUGAGAAGCCCCUGGUGGCCCUAGACACAGACAGUGACGAUGAUUUUGACAUGUCUAGAUACUCAUCUUCAGGAUAUUCCUCUGCCGAGCAAAUCAAUCAGGAUCUGAACAUCCAGCUGCUGAAAGAUGGCUACCGCCUCGACGAGAUCCCGGAUGACGAGGACCUGGACCUGAUUCCGCCCAAAUCAGUCAACCCUACCUGCAUGUGCUGCCAGGCAACCACCUCCACCACCUGUCAAAUACAGUAACCCCGCCCCUCUGACCCUCUGCCCCCCGAACCUGUUCCACACAACAUAACCCCUGGUCUUCAUCUGCUGUGAGUUUACUUCACCGCCAGAGCGAAGACAGUGACGCAUUGGUAGAAUAUUGUAAUGACAGUUAAGUGCUAUGAUGAUAAUGACAAUGACAAAUAAUACAAUUAAUAUAUAUACAUAAACUUUGGUUUAAACUCUAGGAGAAGGAACAUGUGUCAAGAUAAUGAAAAUGUAUUUAAAAGUGGUGGUUUCCUCCUAUGGUAGGACGUGCACUAAUGUUUGAGAGCCCUUCUCCUGGUGAACACGAUGUAACUUGACAGAAGACAAAGGGUAAAUUGAUGCUGCAAAGUGAUUUCAAUUUCCCUGAAGAAUAUGAGAUAUUAUCAUAACUCCUAACUCAGCCGUUCUGCUUACCUGAAUUCUAGGUUGCAUUUUUGCAUUUUUCUAAUUUUUGUUUUGUUUUUAUUAAAAUGCUUACUUUUUUAAACCUUUGGGAUCAGUAUGAUUGUAUGUGUUGGCGUGGAGAUAUUUGAGAGGUGUGGACUGCAGACUUACCCCAAAUAGAGAAUAUUUGGUACCCUAUUCAUUGUACUGUACAGUCAUUGCACUUGAACACAUCACCUUCAAAAUGUUUGCUUUCUUUGCCCUGCUGGCUUGAGAUGUUUCAUUCCAGAGUUUAGGGACGAACAUGUAAACAUUAAUGGCUGAGGAACAAACAGCAUGAAGUGCACCUCACUGAAUAAUUGAAAUGAAAAUGACACGUAAGUAGCUCCUUGCACAUGAUUUUUGUCCAAUUUCUUUGGCGCACUCACAUGCUACUGUUGAGGCACAAGCUUGGUUUGUUUUGGUUUUGAAUUUGCACUUUUGUGUGUUUAUUUUGGGGGGGG